UGAUCGGUAAUCCAGAAGAAGUUUCCCCUCAGUUAGGGGGGAGCUCCACUUUGAAGCAGGAGACUCCACAACCACCCUGCAUUAAAAAGGAAGAGGAGGAACUCUGGAUCACUCAGGAGGGAGAGUGUCUUCUAGGACGAGAGGAAGCUGAUGACACCAAGUUUCCACUGAGUAUUCUCUCUGUGAAGACUGAAGAUGAUGAAGAGAAACCACAAGUAGACAACCUCUUAGCUCCACUAUCAGAUAGUGAGGCUGAAGACGAGGUUGAAGAACCUUUGAGCAGCGACACAGACUGUGAAGGUGAUAUGAGGACUCACACUGACAACAAACACUCUGAAUGCUCUACAAAGAAGAGAGGUAAAACAUGUUUGAGCUGCUCAGUUUGUGGUCAACGUUUUACUAAAAAGAGCCAUUUGACUGAACACAUAAGAACACACACAGGUGAAAAACCAUUUAAGUGUUCAGUUUGUGGCAACAGCUUUUCUCAAAAUAGCUCUUUGACUCAACACAUGAGAACACACACAGGUGAAAAACCAUUUAAUUGUUCAGUCUGUGGCAACAGCUUUUCUAAAAAUAGCAAUUUGACUCAACACAUGAGAACACACACAGGUGAAAAAACAUUUAAUUGUUCAGUUUGUGGCAACAGCUUUUCUCAAAAUAGCAAUUUGACUCAACACAUGAGAACACACACAGGUGAAAAAACAUUUAAGUGUUCAGUUUGUGGCAACAGCUUUUCUCUAAAUAGCAAUUUGACUCAACACAUGAGAACACACACAGGUGAAAAACCAUUUAAUUGUUCAGUUUGUGGUAAAAGCUGUUCUGUUAAGAGACAUUUGACUCAACACAUGAGAACACACACUGGUGAAAAACCAUUUAGUUGUUCAGUUUGUAGCAAAGGCUUUUCUGUUAAGUGCAGUUUGAUUAAACACAUGAGUACACACCGAGAUUAAAAACCAUGUAAGUGUUCAG